AAUACACUCAAUGAUUAAAUAAACAGAAGUUGUUCUAAAAGAAAAAUUUCCCCUUUAAAAAAAUAUCAGUCGCGGAAAGCUGUACAUUGUGUAGAGGAUAUAAUUCAUUCGGUUUUUCCACUGUCAAAAGGGAAAAGGAAAUAUGUGCGUGGGUAUCUGCAUACCUAUUGAUAACCUUAUAUAGGAAGGGAGACCUACUUAUACAUUAUUAUAUCACAAAUACUGAUACCAACAAAAAUGACUGUUGCAGAAGACCAAACUUUAGACAGAAUGAUUUCAGAAAACUCGGAAAAUUUGAGAACGGAACGACCGCGUAAACGAGGAUCUCGAGCUCAAUACGUUUCGUUUGCCGUUAACGUGUUUUUUUUGGGUGUGGUGUUUUGCUGGGUGGUUCUUCAAAUUGUUGGGGACCACCGAGACCACAGAGAUGACCCCCAAGGGUCGACACCGACGACCUCUCUCCCCGAAGACUUGUUCUAUUCCUGUUCUCCGUGCAAACCCAUGAUAAAAGCUGAUGAUGCUGACACAAUGAGGCUCGCCACGGGGAAUUCCUCCUUUGUGUGCUGUAAACGGAUAAGUCAAGAUGUCAACUUAGAGGUACCGAACAAAGGGCAUCUGCUUGAGGAAUGUCAAUCCAACAAAGAUAAUGGCGGAGAAGCAGUUGGAGCACUUCUGUACAUAAACCUAAACCUAACACGAUGCAUUUCAGGUUUGCACUGGAUGGUGGGUAGAGGCACCUCCUAUAUAAAAGGGGGCGUGGUGUAUGAGGACUCCACUCAUUAUGGCAAACUGACCGUUCCUAGUGACGGGGUGUAUGCAGUCUACAGCUACAUACAGUUCGAUUCCUACACGGGGAACAGUAACCUAGACCAUUCAAAGCCAGAUAUGCACGUGUUGUACAAAAAUGGUGACCAGCUAAUUCAGAUGAAUAAGUUCAUGCUAAGGAAACACAGUUAUAUCACCAGUCAAGUGGGGCCAAUUUUGGUGGAGUUGAAGGCCAGAGAUUCAGUCCAUGUUGCUGUGGGCUCAAUGGGCAGGUUUAUUCACAACAGUCCUCAGUCCAGCGUGUUUGGGAUGUAUAAGUUGUGAAUCACGUUCGGAAAACUAUGACACUAUUGGAGAAUCCCUAAAUUUCCGAUUGAAAUACGAUCCUUUUUGCUGCUAACUAGGACUUGCCCGAAAGCUAUUAACCGAGAAUAUACUUCAAACAUUUAUUU